AUGUCUAAAAGUUCAUGGUCCAUCACCAGUACCAAGCGGAAGACCGAGUCCGGGUCUUCCGUGGGAAGGAAGCGACAACGACGAAGUGGCACCGACGUCACCUCUACCACUCGACCCUCAAAGAGCCAACGCACCCUGACUCAAGCCCAAUGGAUCACCACCAUUCCUCCGAGCUGCCCUGAAAGCGACAUGCAGUAUUUGGACGAUGAGCAAAAGCCAACGCUGCUACCAAAAAAAACUCGCCGGAGUGUCCGAAACCCCAAUUCUACGUUGACCCAGAUGGAUUUCUUCAGUUCUGUACCUCAAGAUUACUCGGAGAUUGAUGACGCCAUGAUUAGCGUUGAAAAAGGCGAAGAUGGUGGUUGCGCUGUCCCACAACUGGACGGAACAUACGACAGCCCAAGAAGACCUCGAAAGCGCAAAGCAACUCCGAGUGUUGGUGGACUCCCUACGAACCAGAAGACAGAGGCCCUGGAGGGAGACAGCCAAAAGGAAUACAAACCUUGCAAGAGAAAGAGAAAGAGGAAGGUUGGCUUUGCAGGCGAGGAGAACUCAGAGGGACCCCUGAGAGCAUCUAAGCGUCUGGCGUUGAAAAACGAAGUGCUCUCAGACCCAGCGAAGAAUUUCGACUACUUUUCCAAAGCGCUGGGUGAUGUAGCAAAACACGACAAAUACAGCGCUGCAGAUGAGCCUUUCGACGAUUUUUGGGAGAUCAAGGACACGCUAGAGGACGAGGCUGAGAUGACGCUGGACGUUGUACCAAAAAGUGGACGCUCUGUUCUCCCAAGAACGCCAAAAGGGAACGCCACUGUCAUUCUCUCAAGCCAAUCUCCGGAAAGCAUAUGCGAGAGUCCGCAUAAGAGCAAGCGAAAGGCGCCUGAUACCCCUUCCAGAACUCGCCGACCACCUUUGGCUGAGCGACCAGUCAAUAUUCCUGCCGGGGCCUCCCCAACUAGGAAAGGAGAGAAAAGAGGCCGAGCCCCAAGUCGCGAUUCAUCAAAGAGCAAGAUGGUCGCCCUAAAGCUUCCGAAGCUAAAGGGCCCUCGACGUCCUCCAUAUGUUGAGAAUUCUCAAAAAAGUGUGUGGUCAAUUCCUUCGUCCUCGCCUGAGUUGAUCAGAAAACCUGCGGCCGCUGUCCAGGCACAGGCAACUCCGUACAAAGUGCCCGAGGAUUGCGAAAUUCCUGCCACAAGCCAACCAGAGGGGAGCAAAUUGUCUUCUUUGGUUGCUGGGUGUGAGGACAAUCUACCAAACUUGAGCGAGCUGGUUACGAACCGAAGCGGCGAUAUGAAGGCCGAAGGUGCGGUGGAUUCUCCACAAGAAGGAGAUCGUGGCGCUAUUGUUCGAGAUUUUGCGGACGCUCAUUCUCCACCGGCCAAGUUCACUGCUCCAGGUCUUGGUGGCAUCAUCGGGUCUUCGCCGCCCGUUCCUGCAGAGACACAGGAUCCAAAAGAGCCAGCAGAAGAUUCGGAGGAGAGUUGUGAGGCCGCAGAUUUCGGAUCGCCAAUUGCAAACGACACGCAGUUCAAUAUGCAAAUCCAGCAUCGUGUUCGACCAGAGCAAUCUCUUGACGAGUCAGAAGCUGGACUUGACGCUGUUCUUCUUUCGACACUACCGACAGUUGAUCGCAAAGAUGCCAACAUGGAUGCAGCAGCUCCAUGCUCUGCCUUCCAAGACAUCGGCGCAUUGCGCUCGUCAGAAUCCCCGUCGCGAAUUCCCAGACUAGUCGAGCGUUGCAACGCAGAUGCAGAUAGGGAGGCACCUAAACUGGGCGACGAUGAUGUGGAAGAGGCCACUUUGCCCAAGCCGGUGUUUGUACAUCCGUCGAGCGUCCAUCGAACGGCGACACAAGCGCCGCUCAACGAUACCAUGUAUACCUCCUCUUCGCCUCUGUCAGUGAGAAGACUUGCCACGCAAAGAUCCAUCCACCCGGCGUCGAUCCCUCACCCGUCACAAAUAUCGACCCAAGACGCCACACAAUGCUUUCUCCCGCUGUCAUCCUUGCCACCGCAGCCUCAGGACGGUGUGCUGGAUGGCGAACCCGACAAGAUCACGAUCAAAGACUCCAGCUCUUCUAGCAUUCGGCUCAGCCAGAUCCCACAACAUCUCGGACAUGACGAAUCUCCAUUGAAUGGCGAUGACAACGCAGGUCCAGAAUCUACUUCUGAAGAUGAUCUCGAUCUCGAUCUGGAUCCGCCUUCACUCCCGCCUCGGCAGCCACCUCGACCUCAGGCGGCUGUUCUGGAACAAGAGAAUACCGACGAUCAACUCCCAGCUGUCAAAAGCAGAUCAGGACCCGGCGGAGGACCUCCGUCUGAACUCGAAUCAACCGCCAGCCACGCAUCACCCGAACUCUCCUCAUCACCCCUGGAACCACCAUCCACCUCUCCGGCACGACCGCCUCCGCUGCAACGAGAAUACUCCCCGAUCCCCGGAUUCAACAACGACACGCAGUCGAAUUUCACCCAAGACGGCCACGUCACGGCCGCGUACAUCCACCGGCAGCGCGAGUCCGGCAUCUUCCCCAAGUGGUUCGUCCCCACGCCGUACCAGGUCCCGGGGUAUACGCGGAGGAAAUGA